CUGAAGACAGCUGUCCGCCUCCAGCCCAUCAUGCACCGCGCGCGGCGCUGCUGCGGAAUCCCGGCGAGGGAGAGCCGGGGAGCGGAAGUAAACACAGAGAUGACCACCCAGGAGGUACGUCUGUGUGGUCUUCUACUCCGGGAGCACUUUGGAGAGGUGGUGGAGAAAGUGGCAAUACAACUGCUCAGAAAUGGGGCACAAAAUUUGAGAACCAUUGUUCAUGAAACUGGCAUCUCAGCGGAUCUGGUGAAGAAGUCUCUGUGCGUGCUUGUCCAGCACGGGGCUUGUCUGUUCACCCCAGGCCGGAAGGGACCCGGGAGCCCCACAGAGUAUCGGACCUUCGGCGAUCAGAUCCUGAGGAUUCUGCGCUACCCGCGCUACAUCUACACCGCCAAGACGCUGUACGGUGACACAGGCGAGCUAAUCAUAGAGGAGUUGCUGCAGCGAGGCCAAAUGACCAUGAGCGGCGUGGUUAAGACAGUCGCUGACCGACUCACUCAGAACAUGGAGGAGGGGCAGAGUGUCGAUUACAGCGAAGUCGUCUCCGCCUUUUCCAAACUGGUGGAAACUCAUUUUCUUCAGCGCUGCCCUCCACUGGGGGGAGGAAGAACAACAGAAAGACAAACUGCCAGUGGGAAUCCUGCCACCCCCGAUGCUCCUGCAGCCAGCAAGGCCCCACCCGCCCCGGAGAGCUUCCCCGACUGCUACAAGGUCCCUCACGUGAAACUCAUAGGACGAGGCAAGCGUCAGUUCGCUGGUGAGGAUGGAGAGGACCAGCGGAACGCGAAAAGGGCCAGAAUGGACUCAGAGGCACACGGGGAUGAGGGAAUUUAUUGGCAGGUGAAUUUUGAGCGGUUCCAUCUGCACUUCAGAGACCAGGCAAUAAUCACCGCCGUCGCUAACAAGCUGGAUCAGACUAGCAGUGAAAUUGUGAGGACCAUGUUGAGAAUGAGUGAAGUCACAACCUCGCCAACCGCCACCUGUACAAAGCCCCUCUCUGCCAAUGAGAUUUUCAGGUCUCUUCCAGCCAGUUACAACAUCGCCAGACCCAUCCUGGACCAGUACCUCACUCUUCUGGUGGAUGACCCGAUGGAGUUUGUAGGACGGGCUGGCGAAAGUGGUGGAGGGAUGUUUGUUGUCAAUCUUCAUAGAGCACUGGCCAACCUGGCAAGAGCCACGCUUGAGUCUGCCGUGCAGGAGAGAUUUGGCUCCAGAUCAGCCCGUAUAUUCCGUCUGUUGUUACGGAAACGUCAUUUGGAGCAAAAGCAAGUUGAAGAUUUUGCCAUGAUUCCAGCAAAAGAGGCUAAAGACAUGCUGUACACUCUGCUGUCGCAGAAUCUGGUCCAGCUACAGGAAAUCCCCAAAACACCUGACUACGCUCCCUCUCGUACCUUUUAUUUUUACACGGUCAAUCAACUCCCUACUGCAAGGAUGCUGCUACAGAACUGUUACAAGACUGUAGCCAACCUCAUAGAUCGACGCCUGUUUGAGACCAAAGAGAGCAAACGCCUUUUGGAGAAAUCCCAGCGAAUCGAAGCCAUUCUGGCAUCUCUGCAGGCCAGUGGGGCUGAGCCCGAACAAUUAACAGAGGUCAAGGAGAUGAUCACCGCUCCCGAGAAGCAACAGCUAGAUAGCUUAAGGCUUCACGUUAACAAGUUAGAUUCCGCUGAGAACCAAGUAGAUGAAACCAUCUUUCUUCUGGAGUCCUACAUCAAUUCAACUUCUGCAUCCACAAGUUGA